GUUUUACUUAUAUACAUACAGAUACAUAGCAAAUUAGCUGUAUUUCUAAAGAAAAUUGUAUCCAAAAAUUUGUUGCCAUGGCAAACUUGGUCUAUAGUAACCUAGAAGAAGUUGGAAGAUGUAUAUCAGAAGCAGCACCUAGACAUUACAUAAUAAAGAUCAUGUCAUUUUCUUUACUUGCAAAGACUGGCAUAGACAAGUAUGAAUCUGGAGAGUUUGAAGCUGGUGGAUACAAAUGGAAACUGGUGCUGUACCCACAUGGAAACAAGAGUAGAAAUGUAAAAGAGCACCUUUCUCUCUACUUGGUUUUUGCAGAUGUUGCUUCUCUGAUUCGUCUUGAUUCGGAAGUCCACGCUGUUUUCCGGUUUUUCCUGCUUGAUCAGACCAAGGACAAUUACUUGGUAGUUCAUGAUGCCGCGGGAAAAGAAAGGCCGUUUCAUAGAUCAAUGCAUCAGUGGGGAUUUGAUCAGUUGAUACCAAUUAGAAGUUUUAAUGAUGUUGGCAAUGGAUACCUACUGGAUGACAGUUGUGUGUUUGGAGCUGAAGUGUUUGUUACCAAGGAAAUGAGCUCAGGGAAAGGAGAAUGCUUAUCAAUGAUAAAGGAUGCCUUAAGUUCCAAGCAUGUUUGGAAGAUUGAAAACUUUUCCAAUUUAGAUUCAGAGUACAAUGAAUCACAACAAUUCUUUGCUGCCAAUCAUAAAUGGAAAAUACAUCUUUUUCCCAGAGGAAGACGGCAUGGAUUAGGCACUCAUAUCUCCAUGUAUUUGGCUUUAGCAGAUUCUGCCACACUUUUGGAUGGUUCUAAAAUAUUUGCAGAGUUCACCUUGCGUAUUCUGGACCAACAGCAGAGCAGGCACAUUGCUGGAAAAGUUAGUCACUGGUUUAGUAGCUCAAGCCAAGAAAGUGGGUUUGAAAAUUUUGUUUCUCUGGCUUAUUUCUAUCAUGCAAGUAGUGGGUGCCUAGUGAAAGAUAUAUGCAUGGUGGAAGCUGAGGUGACUGUCCACGCCGUUUCCAAUACAUUGUAACUAAUGUUUUG